AGUUCCAACGGAAAACGAGCACAAGGAAUAUAUGGUGGACCUCGAAACGCCAUCUGGAGAACGAUAAUUCCUUGUAAUUGUGCGUUGCUGUAGAGUUGAAGUAACGUUAUCCCCUGGUAAAUUGUAUUCGAUCGUUCCAACAGUGAUUCAAAAUGGUUUCCUUGAAUCCUGUUAGGAUCCUCAAGAAUGAGGCGGAAGAAGAGAAGGCAGAAAUUGCUAGGCUAAGUUUAUUUGUAGGAGCAAUAGCUAUCGGUGACUUAGUUAAAUCUACGCUUGGACCAAAAGGUAUGGAUAAAAUAUUGGUGGCCCAUGGUAGAUCUGCAGGAGAAGUUCAAGUUACCAAUGAUGGAGCAACUAUUCUUAAAAGUGUUGGUGUGGAUAAUCCAGCUGCUAAAAUUUUGGUGGACAUGUCUCGUGUUCAAGAUGAUGAAUUCGGAGAUGGAACUACAUCUGUAACAGUCCUUGCUGCUGAAUUAUUAAGAGAAGCAGAAAAGUUAAUUGAUCAGAAAAUUCAUCCUCAGACUAUAAUCUCUGGUUGGAGAAAAGCUACUGAAGUAGCUCGAACAGCUUUGUCUAAUGUUGCAACUGAUUACUCUGCACAUCCUGAACGUUUUCACAAAGAGUUAUUAAACAUUUCACGUACAACUUUAAGCUCAAAGAUUUUAGCUCAACAUAAAGAACACUUUAGUAAGCUUGCAUUGGAUGCUGUAUUACGUCUUAAGGGAUCAGGCAACUUAUCAGCUAUUCAAAUCAUUAAAAAACGUGGAGGAACUUUGGCGGAUUCUUAUCUUGAUAGUGGAUUCUUAUUGGAUAAAAAACCUGGAGUGCACCAGCCACAAAAAAUGACUGAUGCAAAAAUACUUAUAGCUAACACACCUAUGGAUACUGAUAAAAUCAAAGUAUUUGGAUCAAGGGUUCGAGUUGAUUCAAUGGCGAAAAUUGCAGAAUUAGAAGCAGCAGAAAAGGAGAAGAUGAAGGAUAAAGUUGAAAAGAUCAUAAAACAUGGCUGCAACGUGUUCAUCAACAGACAAUUAAUUUAUAAUUAUCCAGAACAAUUAUUUGCUGAUGCUAACAUCAUGGCAAUUGAACAUGCAGAUUUUGAUGGUAUCGAAAGACUGGCUCUUGUUACUGGUGGUGAAAUUGUUAGUACUUUUGAUAACCCUGAUGCUGUGAAACUUGGACAAUGUAAACUCAUUGAACAGGUAAUGAUAGGUGAAGAUACACUGUUGAGAUUCUCCGAGGUUCCUUUGGGUGAAGCGUGUACGAUAGUUAUUAGAGGCGCUACGCAGCAAAUCCUCGACGAAGCGGAAAGAUCUUUGCAUGAUGCUCUGUGUGUAUUAUCAGCUACCGUACGUGAAUCUAGAAUCGUUUAUGGUGGAGGAUGUAGUGAAAUGGUGAUGGCUUGUGCCGUAAUGAAAGCAGCGGCAAGUACUCCUGGAAAAGAAGCGGUAGCAAUGGAAUCGUUUGCUCGAGCUUUGCAACAACUACCUACUGUUAUUGCUGAUAAUGGUGGUUAUGAUUCAGCCCAGCUAAUUAGCGAACUUCGGGCUGUACAUAAUUCAGGUGCAAGGACAAUGGGACUUGAUAUGGAGCAGGGAAAAGUUGGAUGUAUGAUUCGACUAGGAAUCACUGAAUCUUGGGUUGUAAAGAGACAAGUUUUACUUAGCGCGGCAGAAGCAGCAGAAAUGAUUUUACGUGUGGAUGAUAUCUUGCGAGCAGCGCCCAGGAAACGUGUCAAGGAUCGUGGACGUUGUUAAUCAUGGAAAAUACGCUGUACUUUUUUCAUUGCUUUAAUUUUGUUUGCACCGCUUCGUAAUAUAAAUUCUUUGAUCAGAUGAUCAACAACUUGAUUUCAAAUAUGAUUCACUUCAUUGAUAAAUGUCAAGGUUAAUUACGAAUUAUUGAUAUUAAUAUACUGAUUAUUCUUCGAUUUUUGCAAGUAUAUGCUGUCAUUCUAUAAUACGAAACGUUUACAUUACCAGUUGGAAAAACAUAUAAAAGGGUUUAUAAAAUAAUGAGAACAACUUGUGAUCAUCAUUUUUAUAUAACAAUACAAUAGGUUUAACAUCAAUAAAUGCUUUAACCUAUACUGUGUUUUUCACUAAACUCUGCACUGGCGACGUAUUUUAUAAAAAAUUAAAAACAUGUAGUUAAUAAUUAACAAAAAUGGUAUUUAUAGAAAACAUGGAAUUAAAAAAUGCAAUUAUUACUGUCUUUACUUUGUAACAAACUAUUAAGUAGUAUUUUUUUUCAAUAAUUCAAAUCGUAAAUAUAAAAUAGUUUGCAAAAUUUAAGCAUCUGAAAUACUGUCAUGAAUGUUUCUAUCUACAGUAUAUUAUACAACCUGAUACUGCACAUAUACUGCAGUUUCAAAAUGGCACCAGACAUUUAAUACACAAGUACUAUGAAAUGGCAAGAUGCUUUCUCAAACACUUUUGAACAUUUUAUUUAAUGAAAGAGCAGACUAAUAAGCCGAAUGCAGUCUACAUUUUAUGCAACAACAAAAUAAUUUGUUGCUUUAAUAUGCAAAUCGUAAUUUUGGAUCAUAUCCAAGUUUGUCAAGGCUUGGAUUACAAGCAAAAUUAAUCAUUGGAGGUGGACCACACAUAAGCACUAAGGUAUCAGAUGAUGGUGGAAACAUGUGUUCUUUUA